AUGGAUGCACUGUCGUCGCCACCGUUCAACACGGCCAUGCAAGCGCUGCAGAAGCUGAAGCAUCCGGUAAAAGGUGCUACACCGUUUAGCCAAAUGGACAGCUUCAGGCCCUGUGGUCACCAUGUGCGUGCCAUGCUGAUGGCUCUCUCAGGCACGUUGGCCGCCGGUAUGGCUCUCGGCAACGCCUCGGCCGCCAUGCCCUCCAUCGAGCGCCGCUUCUGGCGCGACGCACCGUCCAGCCCACCCGAAAAUCGCUGGAUCCCCGACAGCCUCUUCCUGGGUGCCACCGUUGGCGCUCUUGUCUCCGGAAUUCUGCUGCACCUUGCGGGCCACCGAAGGACCCUGCUGCUGAGUUCGGGUGGCCUAACUAGCUUCUGGGUGUCCUUGAUGCUGGCGAACAGGGUCAGCAUGAUAGUCGUCAGCCGUGUGGCCAUCGGCAUUUGCGUGGGCGUCAUGACCAACUGCGUCUGCCUUUACGUCACUGACGUCGCUCCUCCAGCCAAGAGAACACUCUACGGAGGCCUCGUUGAGGUGUCGACAAGUGUGGGCAUGCUGUGUGCGUACGCCAUGGCUGGCUUCGCAUGGCAGCAACAGGCGGUCAGUUGCGCGAUGGCCUCGGUUCCCAUGCUGGCUUUGCAGCGCUAUGUGAUCGAGAAUCCGCGGUGGCUGAUGUCCAAGCACCUUUCACUGGACGCCGACACGUCCGUGAUGCGCCUGUACGGUCUCGAUCCUCCACCCGACUUCCGCGAGAGGAAGAAAAAAGGAGCCCAGGAGCAUAAGCCAGCCUCUACUUCCAGCCGCCUGUGGCCCAGUGACGUAAGGUAG